GACCAGCCCCCCCCUAAGCCACCGACUUCUUCCUCCUUUGAAAACCGGUAGAAGACUUGAAAUUUCUUCCUUCCUUCUUGUUCAAGAACUGAUUUUGGGGCUUAGAACCCUCAUUAAACCCAGAAUUUUCCCCAGAUCUGCUCGGUCUCUUCCUCCCCUAUCCAUCGAGUCCUGCUGGGUGGGGAUCCUUCGGUUUUUCCGUUCUUUGUGAAUCCCGCCCCUGCCAUACCGCCAGAUCUGGUUUUGCUUGCUAGAAAUUCCGGUACUUGAUUAUUCUGCCCUCUAGCACUUGGGAUUAGGGUGCUGUUGGUGCGAUUGAGUUUUCUGAAGCACGGGAACCGAAGCAUCCCCUGAAUCACUUUCCAUGCUAGGCUCUAUCUGAAUUGUAACCGAGCUGGAAGAAGCCAUUUGUAUCUUUAGGCUGUUUCACCAUACAUAAAACAAAUUAAAAAACUUCUUAGUAAAAAACUAUUAAAAAAAAAACUUCGACAUGUCUCUCCAGUCUCCACGGUCGUCCUCUGGGCUCUAUGAUCUGUCAGAGGGUUUCGUCCGCCAUUAUGCUGUUUUACCUGGGGUACAGGGUCCGUCCCCCGAGUGGGGUUUCUCGGCCUUUCUUAUGUUUGUUCCGGAGUUGGUGGCACUUUUUGCUCAGCUUUGAGUGGUUUUGAUGGGGAGUGGUUUGGUAGUAACAGCAGGCAGCAGAAAUUGAGCCACUUGCUUUGGACAAUUAGAAACUGGCAGCUAGUCGUGUUGCCUUGAGGCAGGAUAUUGCUGAUGCGAGGCAGGAAGCUUAGAAUGUAAAGGCACACAUUAAAAGCUUCCAGACUGAGAGUGAUAUCCAGGUCAGGGUUCUCCUAAAUAAGAUUGCAAAAAUGGA